AUGGGCAAGAAUGGCGUCAAGGUCAUUAUCCGCGCGCGGCCGACCGCGGUCUUUGCGACCAACCAGAUCCACAUCGACCAGGACGACAACACGAUCGAGAUCGACGUGAGCGAUACCAAGGCCGAGACGGGGCCGUCCAACAAGAAGGAAGCGUGGAAGUUCAAGUUUCACCAAGUGCUCCAGAACGCCGGCCAAGACAAAGUGUACGAGGCGAUCGCGCGCGACAUUGUGCAUGGCAGCAUCGUCGAUGGCGUCAACGGCACGAUCCUCGCAUACGGCCAAACCGGCGCCGGCAAGACGUUUACGAUGAUCGGCGACACGCGCAACUACCAGCACCGCGGGAUUGCGCCACGGGCGAUCGCGCAGGUCUACCAAGAGAUGGACGCGCGCAUUGAGAUCGAGUCGACAGUCCAUGUCUCGUACAUGGAGAUCUACAACGACCGAAUCUUUGACUUGCUCGCGCCGCACGACGACGACCUCGACGCCGCCGACUACGUGGUCGUCGAAGACAGUCGAGGCACGUACGUGCGCGGGCUCACGCAGGUCGAGGCACCAACUGAGAAAGAUGCCCUCGACCAGCUUUUCAAGGGCGAGCUCCAGCGCACGGUCGCCGAGCACCAGCUUAACAAGCGCUCGAACCGGUCGCACUGCAUUUUUACCUUUCACAUCAGGUCAAGCGAUGAUCAUCACAUCAAGUCGCGCACAGGCGGGAACGAGCACGUCGUGCACAGCAAGCUCCACCUCGUCGACCUCGCGGGCAGCGAACGCCUCAAGAAGACCAUGCACGACGACGACAGCAAAGCACACAAGUCGACCAUCAAGAGGGAGAGCAUGUACAUCAACCAGAGCUUGACGUUCCUCGAGCAGUGCAUUGUUGCGCUCGGGUCACGGGAAGCGCGGCACAUUCCGUACCGCCAAACCAAGCUCACCAACGUUCUCAAGGACUCGCUCGGCGGCAACUGCAACACGCUCAUGUUUGCGUGCAUUUGGGGCGAAAGCAAGCACAUUGAAGAGACCAUCUCGACGCUCAAGCUCGCCCAGCGCAUGAUGCGCGUCCAGAACGAAGCGACCUCGAUCGUCGAGACGGACCCGAGCAUUCUACUCAAAAAGUACGAGCGCCAAAUCAAGGAGCUCAAGCAAGAACUCACAAUGCACGAUGCGCUCGUCGAGCGGACGGGCGUCGUCUACGACGAGCACACGCCGGAGCAAAAGUUUGAGCUCAUGCGACUCGUGCGCGCCUACACGGACGCGCCGACCGACGACGACUUUACGCUGCUGCAGCUCUCGAGCUUGCGGCACAUCAAAGAGCUCUUUCGACAGUAUCGGCUCCUGCUCCGGAACGCCGAGAGCGCAUCGCCCCAGGCCUUAGCCACGCGGACGUCCACGUCGAAUGCAUCCCGCGACAACGGCAGCGCGCCGACGACUCUCGACGACGAAGAGAAGCUCGUGGGGGACCCGGAAGAGCACGGGUUCGUGCUGGGGGUGGCGCCGGCCGGUGCGAUGCCCGUGUCGUUGGAAGUCAACAAGAAGGAUACUGCGUUGCGCGUCGAAGAGACGACGAACGCAUCGAUCGACGAGUUGGCGAGCGAUGAGAAAGCUAGCAACAAUGACGUCAAGGGAAGUGACGGCGACGACGACGAUGGAAAGAACGAUGCGUACAAGUUUUUUGUGAUGAACGGUCCAGGGAAGAAGACACACGUUCAGCUGCAAGAGGAGAAAGAAUCGCUCAAGCAAAUCAAGGAGAAAAUGAAGGACAUUACCGGGCAGCUCAACCGCACCAAGGCCGCGAUCGACGAGCUCAAGCUGCAAGUGAACGAGAAACGUACGACGCGCAAGAGUCCGAGUAAGGAAGGCAAAGCGACCGCCGACGAUGAGGUCGUGGACGAAGAAGAGUUCAUCUUGAUGCAGCGCGAACGAGAAGCCAAGCGCGACUACCGCGUGCUUUUUGACGACCUCAAGGAAGCCCGCGCCGAGUACGACUUUACGCAGCGCAGCAUCGAGCUCCUUCGCAUGCGCAUGGUCACGGACUUUGAAGAGUGGUUCCGGGACGGCGGGAGUCAAGCCAAGAACGGCGACGGCGACGGCGACCAAGACAAGCUGGACGAAGGGGAAAAGUUUGAUCAAAUGGAAGUCGACCGCAUCCGCGCGCAAGAUCCCGACUCGCUCGCGUUCUUUCAGGCGCAAAAGAAGAUGCGGCACAGUACGUCGACGAGCGCCAACCUGCGCAAAAGUAAGCGCUGA